UGCCGUCACACAGCUAGUGCGGCUACUUCGCGGCUGACUGCUGGAAGAAGCGCAUCUCGCUUCUUCAUUUCCACUUCAUCUUAGUUUCGGUGCGAGUUCCGUGGUCCAGAUUUCCUUCUCCUGGGGUUCUAAAAAGAUAUGCGUGUUUGUUAGUUUGGAGGUGGGCUCGGGAGACAAAAGUGUAUCCAGUGUAGCACAUGGGAAGACAUCAACGCGGAAAUAAUUCCAAAUCUUGUUCUGCUAUGGACAUCGACCCUCGUCCUUCUUGGAAUAAUUUAUGCCCUAGUUAUAUCGAAGCUCAUCGUAACAAACUCAUGGAAGAAGAAUCCAACGGCCCAGUGAUUGGCUCUCCUCCACCUGCAGGUCCUCCCAGAGUCUCGUGGGACGGAAACUACCCUGAUGAUGUGCCAAAGCAUAAAUCGCAAAAGUCAUCAAAAGAUCAAGAAGCCAUUGAUGCAGCCGACUUGUCAAACCGCGUGCAGGAUAUUCGACUUCAACCACCGCAACCUAUCAUCAUUUGCGAAACCGUCGAAGACGUGAAGACGGUCCUGAAUGAAAGCGGAUCCGCAAGCUCUGUAUCCCUGGCUGUACCACCUGUGGAUAUCUCAAAUGAAAAGAAACGGCCACCCUUGUCUGCUCCUUAUUAAAUGUCUUAUCUUGGUGUUGUGUUUGGAAAUUCCACAAUGGCAGUUUGCGAAUCGAAGCGCACUGCUAAUUUUUGAAUGUAUGAAGCCAUUUUAUCAUGACUAGGUGUCUAUGAUAGAGCUUAUGUAAAGUUGACCGUUUUUAAGUUUUUACUCUCGUCAGCGAAUUGCGAGGAGGGGAUUGUGUAUGUGUCGAUGUUCUUCAUGUGCAGUCUCCAUGAUGAGUGUGUCUUUCCUAGUGUACAUUUAUGCCGUUUCGGCGAACUAAACAUUAUUUAUGUCUUUGGUUAACUAUUCAUUUUAUGCAUGAGGCCCUGUACUAUAAGGGUGCUUUUAAAAUCAACCUAAGUCAUGGGAUAGUUAACGGCAUUUAUUUCUUGUAUAUUAUGUCUAGAUGUAAUGUUGUAGUCUCUUAAGUUGUAGAUUUCAAAUUGGAUCUGUGUAGCACAAUGUUUUGUAGUGUUUGUGGAUGUUUUAAAUAUUGAUGUGUUCCCUUUGUGAGAAAAAUUAUCUUGUUUUCAUUGAUGUAACUUAAUAAAUUAAAGCUCUAUCAUAUCUUUA